CGUAUGGGGGUGCUCGGGCGCAGUUCUCGCGAGAUUUCGCGUUCAACGGAGGAGUGGCCCACGAAGGCUGCGUGACGAAUUGGCGCCAUUUGUGUGAACUUUUGAAUUUGUAAAGCGUCGAGCGCGGUCGUCUCCCUCGUCCGGCGGCUUCGUCGUGGACCUGCGAGGGCGAAUUCUUUGACCGGCAAUGUCGACGAGCGACUCCAGCAAUGGAAGGGAAAGGGACACGGGUCAGAUGUCUGGCCGUGAGAUGGAAGAAGAAGAGGACAACCCUGACGCUGUGAAAUACCGAAAGUAUGUCAUGCGGUCCAAGGAUGCCCUGCGAAGUGAAAACUUGACUGCCGCCGUGCAUUGCUUGAAGAAGGCGUACAAGAUCUAUGCAAGCAAAAAGCUAGAGCUCAAGAUAAAGACGUUGGAGGAAGUUUUGAAAGCUGCUAUCAGCAGUGAUGAUGAAGAAGAUGAGUAUAUCAACGUCCUUGGCUCAGGAUUUCAUUUAUACCAUGAACUUCAUGACCAGCUGUAUUCUCAUCAGCUUGUGGGUGUUGCCUGGCUUUACAACUUAUUCAAGAAUAAGCGUAAAGGUGGUAUACUUGCCGAUGACAUGGGACUUGGCAAGACUAUUCAAGUCAUUUCUUUUCUUUCGGGCAUGUUUGAUGCUUCACUUUUUGGCCAUGUUCUCCUGGUCAUGCCCACCACUCUAAUGAGCAUUUGGAUUUCUGAAUUUGAUAAGUGGGCACCAGGAAUCACGGUCCGAGAGUUCUAUGGCAGCAAAAAUGAGCGAACGAGAAACUUGCAAAAAGUUCAACGGACGCAGGGAGUUGUUAUCACCUCAUACCAGCUCCUUGUGAAUAACUGGCAUGAGCUGUCCACAUACCAAGGACACGAGUUCAUCUGGGAUGCAAUGUUUCUGGACGAAGGGCAUAAAAUAAAGACGUCAUCAACCAAGACGGCCAAGAGUGCUCAUGCCAUUCCAGCACAUUUCCGUAUGGUUUUGACAGGGACACCAGUGCAGAACAACUUAAAGGAAAUUUGGGCAUUGUUUGACUUUGUGUGUGAGGGGUCACUGCUGGGCACAUCCAAAACCUUUAAGAUGGAAUAUGAAAACCCAAUCACAAAGGCACGCCAAAAGGAUGCCACUGUUGGUGAGAAAGCACUGGGUACGAGAAUGGCGGAAAACCUGCAAGAGCUCAUUGGGCCGUAUUUUCUUCGCCGAACAAAAGCUGAAGUACAGUCGAAGGAACUUCAUGCGAAGCAGCUCCGGGAUAACAAAGAAAAUGAUCCUACAGUAGGCAACGUGGAUCAGAGAGUUCAAAUAGAGAUGCCUACCCUGACAAGAAAAAACGACCUGAUUGUAUGGGUUCACCUAAGCCCAGUGCAAGAACAAAUCUAUCGAGACUUCCAAAAUCUGGACGACAUCAAAGAGCUGCUGGACUCCACACGCUCCCCACUUGUUGCACUUGGCAUCCUCAAGAAGAUUUGUGUUCACCCGCGUCUGCUGCCAGAAAGGGCCUGUGCUCAGCUGGGGCUCAAUCAGCAGUUUGGCAGAAUUGCACCGGAGGGUCUUGAAAGUAACUGGUUUUUAUCCAGCAUCAAGAAUGUUCCUCCCAAGACCUUGAUAGAGGAGUCUGGCAAGUUGACGUUUCUGAUUGGACUACUUGAGCGUUUGCGCCAAGAGGGUCACCGAACGCUGGUGUUUUCUCAGUCACUCAAGAUGCUGGAUAUCAUCGAUCACAUCCUAAAACAUCAGGGCUUUAAGGUGAUGAGAAUUGAUGGAACAAUAACGCAUAUCAGUGAAAGAGAGAAACGUGUCCAAACGUUUCAGAAGGACUCUGCAUUCAAUGUGUUUCUGCUCACUACGCAGGUGGGUGGAGUUGGGCUGACACUUACUGCUGCAAAUCGUGUCGUGAUUCUUGAUCCGAGUUGGAACCCAGCAACCGAUGCCCAAGCAGUGGAUCGUGCAUAUCGCAUUGGACAAACUGACAAUGUCAUCAUCUACCGGCUGAUUACCUGUGGGACCAUGGAAGAAAAGAUCUACCGCCGCCAAAUAUUCAAGGAGUCUCUGAUCAGGCAAACAACUGGCGAUAAAAAAAAUCCCUUCAGGUAUUUCUCCCAGCAGGAGCUCCGGGAGCUCUUCAUUCUUGAAGAUACAAAAUCGUCCAGAACGCAGAUUCAUCUUCAGGGCAUGCAUUCGGCACAGCGCAAGACUGACACUACUCUGGACGAGCACAUUGCCUACCUCCAUACACUGGACAUGUUUGGGAUCUCCGAUCAUGAUCUUAUGUACUCCUGUGAAGAAACGAAUGCUGAGAAUGUUGAAGAAGCAGGUGCGGACUACAUUGAGAAACGGGUGCGCAAGGCACAGGAGAUAAUGGCAGCAGAAUCCGAAGUGAACCAGCAGUUCCGCAAGCAAAUUCUGGCCGGUACUGAACCGCCACGAGGCCUGGACACACAUCAAGGAACAAGCAAGGAUCGUACCAGAAAAAACAAAACAAAACCUGAACCAGAGUUUGAGGAUGAAAUGGGAUCUUAUGAAUCUCUGAAGGAGCCAAGCCACAAGCAGGAAGAAAAUGACGUUAUUGUAAUCAGCCAGGAUAUGGUGGACUUGACUUUGGAGGAUGAGGUUGAUCUGGCGAAUCCGAACAUCUCAAAUAUCGGAGCGCUUUCUAAAAAGUCCACCAUAGAAGUUGAAGCAAGUGCAUUUAACCUCAUCCUUGAUAAAAGUGAGGAGGAGGAGGAAGAGGAAGAGAAGGAGGAGGAAAAUGCUGUGGAUGUUUCUCCAGCACAUACCACUGGAGAUGUUCAUUGUGAUACUGAAAUCAACUCUAUCUCCAUGAUAGAGGAGGAGUCCCAAUCAGUCAAAAGCCAUGCCAACUCGCUGUCCCAUGUGGAGAGUGACAUCCAAAGUGUCGCUUCGGAGCUGCGUUUGGCUGGACACAGCAAAGCGUCAUUUAGUUCUGAAUCCAGACAUGAAGAUGAAGAUGACGAUAAUAUAGUUUGUGUAAAAAAGACACGAAUAAGGAUUCUGGAAAGUAGCGAUGAGGAUGAUGACGUACAAGAGGUUAUGUCUGCAUGCUUGACGAAUCGUGAAAAAAGACGAAGCCACACUUCGACUCCCACACGAGCAAAUGUUCAUGGGAACUCUUUACCUGCGUGCGAGGUUUUGGCAGCUGAGCUUUCCUUCAAAUUAAAUCGACGGCGCUCAGUGUCAUCUAAUCUGUCCGUCUGCAAGAUCUUAGAUUCUGACCAGUUUGGCAAAGCUUUGGAAGUCUCUUCUGAAGAUGAAGAUUCUCCAAUAAUGAAGAUGCAGUUGUCAAACGAUGUAUGCAAAGAUGAAAAUAAUCUCCACCCAUGCCACCGAGGAAAUGUGGCGGAAUCACCAGCUAUUGACACGAAUGAUGACGUCGUGAGCUAUCAAAGCAAAGACUUAGAAUCUUCUGUCAGCGAUUGCGAGUCUCGGAAAAAUGGUUCCGCUACUCCUGUUGAUGAUGAGCCGUGCUCAUUAAAACCAAUGCAAUUAGAUGAUACAUUUUCAAUGGAGAAAACGCCAAACUUUAACCAGGGUUUCAACGUGAAAGUGCCAAAAGACAUUCACAGCCUUGGACUUGUUUCUUCUUUGUUGGAGGAUGAGAAUGAGUCCCCUUCUCAGCAGCUCAUGGGCCUGCAAGUGAACAGGCUUAUGUCUGAGACUCUGGAAAACACACCUCGCAGCUCAUUUUCUUCCUCGGCAAGUGCAUUUAAUCUUGUCCUUGAUGAGAGUGAGGAGGAAGAAGGAGAGGAGGAAAGUGCUGUGGAUGUUUCUCCAGAGCGUACCACUGGCGACGUCAAUCACGAUACUGAAAUUAACUCCAUGAUGGAAAAUUCCCAAUCAUUUUUGACAAGCUAUACAAGUUCGCUGUCCCAUGUGGAGAAUGACAUUCAGAGUGCGGAUGCAGCUUCGGAGCUGCCUUUUUCUGGACAGAGCCAAGGACCAUUUAGUUCUGAAUCCAAACAUUAUGACGACGAUAGCAUCGUUAUUGUCAAAAGGACUAAAACAAGAAGGAUUCUGGAAAGUGAUGGCGAUGACGAUGAUGAUUACAACGAUGACGUAGAAGAGGCUACGUCUGCAAUUUUGAAAAGUCCAAUAAAAAGGUGCUCUAUUUAAGAUUACCAUUAGGUC